UGACCUUAUUUUGUCAACCCUUUCUUUAAUUCAUAUUUUACCCUUUGUCUCCUCCAUUGCCUUUCUUCUUUAAUUUCUUUCUCCAAAAUUCAAAAACUUUUAUUAAAAAAAAUCCCUUUGAAAUGGAAGAUGGUAUGGUGAACACAACAUUAUUGGCAGUAAUAUCAUGGAGUACCUAUUUCAUGUUAACAAAAAAAUUGCUCCCAAAUUAUUCAUAUGAGUUUCGCAACAGAAUUGUAUCAACAACUCAUGCAAUUUUAGCUGUUACUUUAGCUUCUCAUUCUGUUAAAGAUUGGAGUUGCCCUGUUUGCCCAAGUAACACUAAUUCCAACCCACAACAGAUGCAAGCCUUGGCAGUAACCAUGGGGUAUCUGAUAUAUGAUUUGGUAUGCUCUCAAUUUGACAAAAAAUCAAAUCUUGAUAACACGAUUCAUCAUUUGGUUAGCAUUAUCGGAAUUGUAGCUGGAAUUUCGUAUCAAAAGUGUGUAUCAGAGAUGAUAGCAGCAUUGUUCAUAACAGAGAUAUCAAGCCCAUUUUUACAUCUAAGGGAGUUUCUCAAAGAACUUGGAUACCGGGAUACUGAUCUUAAUCUGGCUGCUGAUAUAAUGUUUGCAGUUACAUUCUCUAUCGCAAGGAUGGUCUUAGGUCCUUUCCUCUUUUUUGCUGUCUUAUCAGCCGAUAACCCACUCCUAAUCAAGGCAAUGGCUGCAGGAUUACAGUUUGUAAGUGCAUAUUGGUUCUACAAAAUCUUGAAAAUGGUUCAAUUUAAACUCACUAAGAGAACAAGAAGCAAGAAGGUGGCUUGAUUAAUUUGCUAUGAUAUAAUGUCUAAUCUUGAACUACAUCUACAUAUAUACUGUGAUCAUGAGAAAUAUGUCAUGGAUUCUCAUAUCAUUUGCCCUAUCGAACGUAUGUCUAAAGUUCAUAUUUGACACCAGUAUUUAUAUCAUCAGCGGUCAAUCGGAGCUUUCAUCGUCUGCCUCCUUAUUUUUUAACAUGAUUUGUUACAAACUGUCAUCAAUCCAAAGUUUUAGAAGAUUAUUCUACUCUUUUUCAAUUCUUAUUUACAAAAAAAAAAAAAAAAAAUUAUCAAGUGUAUAUUAAUUAAUUGGUAGUAGAGCUACAUUUGUAUUUAGAAUUUAUGAGUAUGUUAUAAGUAUACGGGUCUAUUUUUUCCUCAAAAAAAUUACUAGCAAGUGUAUUGUUGUAAUUCUCUCAUCUUGCACCCUAGAGAUACUAAUCCAUGAAGUCAACAACAACAACAAAGCUUUAGUCCCAAAAUGAUUUGGGGUCGACAAACAACUAAGACACGAAGUCGAGGAAAAAAAAAAUACUUCCCUUUGAGAUCAAAGUUUGAUCCUCGUCGUUUAGACAGGUGAUCCACGCAAUAGUUCAAGUUUUUCUUAGAAACGAUUUGAUCAAAUUCGGAUGGAAGUCAUGGAACAUAUACAAAUGUACUCUGUACUUCGCAUUUACCUGUCCCAUUAAUCCAAACAAUCGAGUUGCAUCCUA